GUAACGCACACAACGCACGCCAAGUGUUCCGCCCAACAUCAUAGUACAACAACUUUCUGAGUUCUUUAUUUUUUUGGUUUUCAAUCGAAGUAAACGUAAAAAUGUCGACAAUUAACUUGCAUCCACCGCAAACAUACUCGCGUCUUUUCCGUCCCUGGGAUACGCAACGCCAAACGCCUGCGCCGCCCGCCAGGCCAGUGAAACGUGAACGUGAAUCCGAGUUGGAUAUCUGCAAUCCAUCUCCUGCUCCCGCUGAACGUGUGACCAUCAAAACGGAGCUGCCCACAGUCAGCAACAGCAACAGUAGCAGCAGCAAUUUCUGCUACGGUCAGGAUAGCGAUCGCGAAUCAUCAUCCUCGUCAUCCGCAUCCUCAUCCUCAUCGAGCAGCAACAGCAGCAAGUCCAGCUAUGAGGAUGGCCUCAACAACAGCAGCAGCUACACACGUACCUCCACACCGCUGCUGGAUGUGACUCCGCAGCCAGCAUUCCCCGUAUCCAAUGUGUUGGCGCCACAGCAAUUGUCGCCCGCACAGCCAGCUCCCUAUUUGCCCAGCAGUGAUUUGUAUUAUGCCGCCGCCGCUGCGGCUGCUGCAGCUGCCAACACACCAUCGGCUGCUGCCUUUGGCAUGGAUCCCUUCACAUUGGGACUGAUGGAGCAGGAGUAUGCUCGUGUCAUGGCAGAGGAUGCGCAGCUGAAGGCCCUGAAUGCACGCAAGCAGCGACCAAAGAAGUUCAAGUGUCCGCACUGCGAUGUUGCCUUCUCCAACAAUGGCCAGCUCAAGGGACACAUUCGCAUUCAUACCGGCGAGCGACCUUUCAAAUGUGAUGUGGAAACCUGCGGCAAAACCUUUACACGCAACGAGGAGCUCACACGGCACAAGCGCAUCCAUUCGGGUCUGCGGCCGUAUCCUUGCAGCGCCUGUGGCAAGAAGUUCGGGCGUCGUGAUCAUCUGAAGAAGCACAUGAAGACGCAUUUGCCGCAAGAGCGCCAGCUGGGACCCACUAUCUUUAUGCCCAUGUAUCCCUAUCUCUAUGGAUACUAGGCGAGACAGUCCCCAGCUAAGCCAGCGAUCUGUGAAGCGCUUGCACGCUUUAAAAACGCUACAAGCCCAACACUACACUACACAAGAACAACAAGGAACAUUUCAAUCAUGAAACCGCAACUACAAGCAAUUUAAUGCCGGCCAAAACUAUCUCUACCUCAGGCGUACCUGGCGCAAACUGGCGCACAACACAAACAGACACACAUCGAUACACUCACACACACACACACAGAUACACCUACACACUGACACAAGUACAAUCACAUAGUCUACCUCAGAGAUAUGCAGACGAUAUAUGCAAAUAUUGAGCUAUUUAUUUUUUAAUGAAUAUUUACACUUCCACUACGUGACGAGACAGUCGAAGAAACCCCACCACACAUGUGUAAAUAAAUACUUAAGUGAUCCUUUCUCAUAUGCUAAGCGAUUAAGAGUGUUAAGAGCAAGACAUACAAAUAGUUGUUUAAGAGAUACCAUUACUAUACCACUUACAAUACGAUUACGAUUACGCGUUUAAGAGAAUAUUUUGUCACCACUUUUUAUAUAGUUAUUAUACGAAUGCUGAAAUGCAGUUAAUAGCAAUACGAAAUCCGAUGAUACGAUUUACAUUUAAAUAUCUAGUUAAAUAUUCACAGCUGUAUUAUACGAUUUAUGUUUACACAAAAAA